UAAUAAAUAUGAAUUCAAUAAAUAAAUCGGCAGCACGUAAUACCUAUAAAUCGUCCACUUCGAAAUCUUGAUCCACUAGUUUGACGGACCAUAGGCGCCGCCAUAUUAGAAAUGACAGUUGCGUUACGAUAGUCGCAAAACAUAUUUUUCAAAUCUCGGGAAUUAAGUUAAAUGAACUAAAUUUACAAGUUAUUUACAUAAAUAAUAUGCCUAUUUGCAUAAUUCGAUGUGAAUAACUAGUUAAAUUAAUCUACAUCGAACAAAAAAAUACAAUUAUCUUUUACGUCUUAAGGAUUGCUUUAUGAUACAAACAUGUCUAACCCGGAAGUGAUUGAACCGAAAUUUGUAAAAAUUGCUGAAAAUCUCGCUGGUGCAGAAGGACCGGUAUUUGACAAAGGAGGAAACUUUUACAUGGUUGCUCCCGAAGUUGUCGACGCCCAAAAUAAAUAUGCUGGCGAAGUUUUAAAGGUGAACUUGGAAAAUGGCCAGACAGAGGUAGCUUGUCGGCCUAAAGAUGGCUUUGAUGGGGGAAUUCCAGCAGGCUGCCAGUGUGAUCAGGAAAACAACAUCUGGAUCGCAGACAUGAGGCUUGGGCUUCUGUGUAUGGACUCCAAUGGGAAUUAUAAGCAGAUGUUUAGGUAUGACAGUGCAGGUCGAAUCAUGCAGGGAUGCAAUGACUGUAUCUUUGACUAUGAUGGCAAUCUGUGGAUUACUGCUCCAGCAGGAAAUAUUGCCCCAGCACCCUAUGCGAGGUCUUUUGAGGAGCCAUUUGGGUCCAUUUACUGCAUGACCAAAGACAAAAUCCUGGUGCGCAUUGACAGUGAGCUUAGAUUUCCAAACGGCAUUGCUGUGCUUCACUCAUCAGAUGGACGUCCAUGUAAACUCAUCGUUGCUGAAACCCCUGCCAAGCUGUUGUGGCAGUAUGAUAUUCUUGGGCCUGGUCAAGUUGGCAAGAGAAGUGUAUGGGGGAAAAUUCCAGGAGACCAUGAGGGUGGCCCAGACGGCAUGGACUUUGAUGCAGACGACAACUUGCUGGUCGCCAAUUGGGGUUCAGGGCACAUCGAGGUGUUUCAAUCCACCGGGGGCGACCCAAUAGUGCGAAUCAAAUGUCCCUUCAGUCGCCUAAGCAACCUUCAGUUCCUGCCAGGCACCAGCACAGUAUUCGUCACAGAGCACAGUUCACACGCGCUGUGGAAGUUUGAUUGGAAAAGAGUGGGAAAGAAGCAAUUUUGUGAAAUGUGAUGGUUUGAAUGAAAAUAAGUUGAUGAUUAUGCACAUAAGUAUUUUAAGUAAGGUUGUGCCAUUUCAUUAUUUGUUUACAAGGAUAUUUAAUCAGAAUUUUUCUUUUACAAUAUAUAAUUAUAAGUUUAUUGUAAUAUGAAUGGGGUAUUUUGAAUAAGGUAAUGUCAAUUUAAAUGUUUUAUUACAUGUAUUCAGGGAUAGAUUGAAUCAAAGUUUGUCUUGUUUGUGAUUAUAAUUUGCCUUAGGGUAUGAAUUUAAAUAUUGUGAUUUCUUACAAGUUAGUUUGUUUAUAUACCAGUACAAAUUGUCUUCAAUUUAGUCCAUGACAUUAAUUUUUCAUUUACAUUCACAUGUAUCAAUUGUUUUAUUUCAGUUAAGUGAUUACUUGUAUAAUUAUCUAUUUGUGUUUGUUAAUGAGUGUAUAGCUUGCCAGCAUGAGACAAACACUGACCUUGAAGUAUUAACAUAUUCAACAGCAAUUGUCAUGAAUAGAUUUUUUUUGUGUGAAACAAAUGCACAAACCAAGUAAAAAUGCAGGGCACAAUUCAGUUGCAUUUGUUAUAUUUUGAGAGUUAGCUAAUAGCAGGAUAAUGUUGGUAAGUCGACCUGACAAAUGUAUCUUUUAUAAGCUGUAUCAUCUAAUGUGCACAAUGGAUCCUGCGGUAGUGUUGCAAUUUAACUCUAGUCUGUCAUGCUAGUCAUAGAGUAUAUACAACUACAUGUAUAUGUGAGCCGUGCUCUGUGACAAGGGGGUUCAAUGCAUGUGCAUAAAGUAAUGGCUCAAAUUAGCCUGUGCAGUCUGCACAAGCUAAUCCGGGACGACAAUAUCUGCCUAAACUGGAUUUCUGCUAAGAAAAGAUUUUCUUGAAAUGAAAAAUAUCAUAAUAGGGCAAAGUGUCGUCCCUGAUUAGACUGUGCCGGCUAACCUGGGAUGACACUUUAGGCACAUGCAUUAAACCCUCUUUUCACAGAGCACGGCCCAUUUGAAUGUUAAGGUGUUGGUUAUUUUUAUUAAUUGUUAUAUUUCAUCGUGCAUUUUUAAUAUUUUAGCUUUGAAAAUUGCUCAGUAGGCUGUGAUAUAUGUUAUUGACACGGCAGAUACUUUUGUAUGCAAGUAUCAAGAAAUUUGUCUCUUCCAGUUUGUUUUUUUAGUCAGGUGUUUCGACUUUAUUAUGCAAAUGUGGUGCUAUUAUACAUGUAGUUAUUAUUUUAAUCAGUCAUUCAAUGUAUGUAAUUGUGAUAAAUGUAAACUAUAUUUUGUAAUGAUUAAUAAAAUUUUAAUCAAAGUA